AUGGCAGAAAAUGAAAAUAAUAAUAAUAAUAAUAGCUCAUUAUUAAUGGAAAAAAUAGAUGAUUUAGAAAAGAAAAUUUUAGAUCAAGGAGAUGAAAUAAUUUGUUUAAGAUCAACAUUAGCUAAUGUAGUAAGAAGAUUAGAACAAGUUGAAUUUAAUUCUAAAGCAUCGGAAUCAUGGAAAAAUGGAAAUCAUAGAAAAUUUGGAGUAUUGAGACAACCUGGUUUUUCAUUCAAUUCAAAAGCAUUAAGUAAAGAUUCUGUGAAAAGAAGUCUUAGUACUAGUAACAGUAAUUUACUUCAAAGAAGACAAGCACAUUAUCAAUCGACUGGCAGUCUUCAUUCUGGACAUUCCAAUAAAUCUGACAAUAAUAAUUCAAAUUCUGCAUCUCCUGUACCGUCAAGUCCAUCAGCUUCGUUUCAUUCCAAUGUAAACACUCCACCAACUUAUAGACAUUCCGUAACACCCAAUAGCUUUAUUCCUUCAAAAAUCGGUGAUAGAAGUAAUCUUCAUUCUUCAAAAAGUACAUCAAAUCUGCAUAAUUCGAAAAGAUGGAGUUCAACAGGGGAUUUUGGUAUUAAUUCUCACACGUCUAAUUCUCCUCUUGGAGGUACUUUUUCAAGAUCAUCAACUAAAAGUUUGCUGAAUCUUUUUCCUAGACAUGGGCCGGGUGCAAGCACCCAACCAAAAAGUGGAAAUACAGAUUUAACUUACAACGAAAGCGAAGGUUUAUUUAGAAUGUACUUAAGAGGCCGUCCAAUAGUAUUAAACAUUCCAACGAGUUUAACGGAUAAUUAUGACGUCAACGAAGUGGCUAAACCGCCACAGGAAAGGCUUAAACUCGACUGGGUUCACGGUUACAGAGGAAGAGAUUGCAGGUCGAAUUUACACUUUUUACCAACCGGAGAAAUGGUUUAUUUCAUAGCUGCCGUCGUAGUGCUUUACAAUGUCGAAGAACAAUCCCAAAGACAUUACAUUGGUCAUACGGAUGACGUCAAAUGUCUUGCAGUUCAUCCGAAUAAAAUGAUCAUUGCAACGGGUCAGUGCGCCGGACACGAUUCGAAAGAUGGAAAACCUCACAUUCGAAUUUGGAAUUCGGUUAGUUUGCACACUCUUGCCAUUAUUGGAUUGAACGAAUUUGAAAAAUCAAUAUGUUGCGUUACGUUUUCCAAAGUCGACGGUGGAGCUUUGUUGUGCGCCAUCGAUGAAUCAAUGGAUCAUACUAUCACGAUAUGGGAUUGGCAAAAGAAAGAAAGAAAUGCUAAAAUAACGGAAAAUAAGUGUUCUGUCGACACGGUCAUAGCAGCCGAAUUUCAUCCUCUGGAUCGACAUUGCAUCGUGACUUGCGGUAAAUCUCACAUCGCAUUUUGGAUUUUAGAUCAAAACGGUUCGUUGUAUAAGCGAAUGGGUAUAUUUGAAAACAGAGAUAAACCAAAGUUUGUGACGUGUUUGUCUUUCACUCAAAACGGUGACACUUUAUCCGGGGAUUCGAAUGGAAAUAUUAUAGUUUGGGGUCGAGGUACGAACACAAUAUUAAAACUUAUUCGAGGUAUUCACCAAAGCACCGUUUUUUCCAUUUGCGUACUAAAAGAUGGAUCGAUUGUCACCGGGGGAGGAAAAGACGGAAAACUAGUCUUUUUAAAUUCCGAAUUUCAACCUUUGGAUGAGGGUCACAUUGGGGAACAAUAUGGAGGAGUGAGACAAAUUUCGGAAAGUCGUGGAUCGCAACUUUUAGUCGGAACAACCAGAAAUUGCAUUUUGAUUGGUUCCUUGGGUGUGGGUUUCAGUCCCGUAACCAUAGGUCACACUGAAGAAGUGUGGGGAUGUGCAGCGCAUCCUGGUCUUCCUCAGUUUUUAACGGCUGGAUUUGACGGUGUUAUUCACUUGUGGGAUUCUUUGGCUCAUUCUUUGAUCUGGACCAAAAACAUUGGGGAAAGCAUUCAAAGCGUUCGAUUUUCCCCCGAUGGUUCCAUAAUCAUCAUCGGAUUGACAAAUGGUAAAUGGUGCGUGUUCGAUGCGACGAGACGUGAAAUUUUAUCCACUUACCAAGAUGGAAACGAGCCCAUUCAAGACGUAAAGUUUUCGCCGGAUAAUUCGAGUUUAGCUCUCGGUUCGAGAGAUAACACUAUUUAUAUUUAUCAGGCUUUGAAAGAUUUUACGAUCUAUCAUAAAAUCGGUCGUUGCGUUGGUCAUUCUAGUUUCAUUACUCACAUCGAUUGGUCGGUCGAUAGUCAGCAUAUAAGAAGCAAUUCCGGAGAUUACGAGUUGCUUUACUGGCAAGCAAAUAUUUGUCGUCAAGUAACUCAAACAUCAUCGAUGAAAGACGUCGAAUGGGCUACAAACGAUUGUACAAUCAGCUUCAACACAAUCGGUAUUUGGCAAGAUGGAAUGGAUGGCACAGACAUAAAUAAUUGUGCCAAAUCUAACAAUUCCAAACUUUUGGUAACGGCCGACGAUUUUGGAAAACUUAAAUUAUACACUUAUCCAGUCAUUCAUCCAAAGAGUUUAUAUCACACUGCGAAAGGUCAUUCAUCCCACGUGACCAACGUGAAAUUUCUUAAUGACGAUUCUAGAAUACUUUCGACAGGAGGAAAAGAUACGAGUGUGAUGCAGUGGAAAAUAUCAUGAGUUAUAUUGAUAAAUUUUUUUUUUUUUUUUAUAAUUUAUAAAUUAUAUUUUUGUAUAUGGAUUAAUCCUUUAUGUAAAAUAGUUUUUUUAGUUAAAUUUGCUUACUAUUUAAUAAUUAAUUAUUUA